AUGGCCAAGAAAGGGCGCAAUCCUGCGGCUGAGCCUACCGUCGCCACGCCUGUCCCCUCCCGCGACUCGCUCCAGCGCCUCAGCUUCCUGUACCAAGCCUCGUCCGCCCUCGCCGACGCCUGCCACCAGCAGCACUCGAACAAGCGCCGCAGACUCGACACAGCGCCCCCAGCCGUCCACGCACCCGUGCACUCCCCCUCCCGCAAGCUCGCUGCACCGCCCCAGUCCCAUCGACCACGCGCCGUCCGCUCGCCUCGGCCCUCAGCGGCGACACGUACAGCAGCACAAGCGUCUUCACCAGCACCAGUAUUAGCAGGCCCUCGCCAUCCGCCCAGAGCGGGCAGCGACACGCUUGGUCUCGUCGCUCGGCACCUGGCCCGCCAGAUGAGUGAGGUCGCCAAGAAGGCGACCGUGCGCAUGGACCCCGCCAUCAAGCGCACCGUUUGCGAGGGCUGCAGCGCCGUCCUCGUGCCCGGCGUGUCGGCCAGCCCUCCCGUCCACACGCCCACCUCGUCGCCCACCGAUGCCUCUCGUGCCGCUCCGAGCGCCGCCUCCCUGCCCCACCUCACCUCGCCGACACUCCUCGACUCGAGCCCGACACCUCUACCGAGCCUCCUGUCGCACGAGCACCUGGGUCGGGGCGCACGUCGAAGCGCGAGCGGCGAGAAGCGCGGCAAGCGCGGGUGCCCGUCUUUUUCGAGCGCGAGGGGCAUGUAGUGGUGCGAGGCAGCGAGGUCGUUGCGCGAGACGCUCUGCGAUGAUAGGAGAGGUGUACAGGCUC